AUGCGUUCCCGAGCCCUCCACCUCCUCUGGCCAUUGGCCGUGGCCGCACAGAGCGCUCCCUUCGCCAACAGCAGCUGCGUCGGCUCGCCGUCCACGCCCGUGCCAUACGAGCUCCAGGUGCCGCCGCUCGACACGCCCUGGACCGACCAGGUCGGGCUCGACCCAUGGCCGGAGCACCCGCGGCCGCAACUGAAGCGCGAAAACUGGCAGUCCCUGAACGGCAUUUGGACGUACCAGGGGGCCGGAAACGCCAGCAACGUGACCGAUGUGCCGUGCGCGCCGCUCCAGUAUGAGACGCUCAUUCCGAGCUGCAUCGAGAGUGCCAUCUCGGGCUUGCAGGUGCUCGACACGUCUGCCAUGUGGUUCGCGACGACGUUCCAGGUCCCGUCCGGCUGGGGCAGCCAGAGCGUGCUGCUUAACUUCGAGGCGGUCGACUAUGAGUCGACUGUGUACGUCAAUGGCCAGCAAGUGAGCUUCCACCGUGGUGGAUACUUCAGGAACACCAUUGAUGUGACGUCGUAUCUGAGCUCCAACGGGACCAAUGAGCUGAAAGUAUUCGUCUUCGACCCCACAGACCUGGAUGGCUAUGUCAUUCCCAUCGGCAAGCAGACCAAGAACCCGGAGCACAUCUUCUACAGGCCCUGCAGCGGCAUCUGGCAGACAGUGUGGCUCGAGAGUGCCCCAACGAACCGCAUCACCCAGCUGGACGUCAAGGCCGCAGCGGACGGGUCCACCACCGUUAACGUGCACGCCUCGGGCAACAGCACGGGCCUGCCGGUAGAGGUCACGGUACUGGACCAGGAUGGCAGCGUCCUGGGGACAGGAAGCGGAACCAGCGGCGCUGCGUUCGACUUCAACGUCCCGGGUGUCGAUCCGUGGAGCCCUGAUUCGCCGACCCUGUACAACCUGACGGUCACCAUGGGCGACGACACAGUGUCGAGCUACACGGGUUUCCGCACGGUUGGCCGUGGUAUCGUCGAUGGUAUAGAAAGGCCGCUGCUGAACGGCGAGUUCACCUUCGUGUGGGGGACGCUGGACCAGGGUUUCUGGCCCGACGGGCUUCAUUUGGCGCCCAACUAUGAAGCUCUGAUAUUCGACCUGAAGGAGCUGAAGAAGCUAGGCUUCAACGCGGUCCGCAAGCACAUCAAAGUGGAGCCCGAUUUGUUUUACUAUGCCACCGACUCUCUUGGUCUCAUGGUCAUCCAGGACAUGCCGUCCAUGUCUCCCCGUGUGCCUCUCCCCAACGCUGCACAGCAAGCAGAGUUUGAGCGUCAACUCGACAUCCUGAUCAACGAGCACGUCAGCUACACAUCCAUUGUGACCUGGAUUAUUUACAACGAAGGCUGGGGCCAAAUCAGGACGCCACCGUACCCCGAGUACGCCAUCGCCGAACGCAUCAGGUCCAUUGACGGAACCAGAUUGAUCGAUGCGACAUCCGGCUGGUACGACCAUGGCGCAGGUGACUUCUCCGACAACCACAAGUACGCCGCCCCUCAAUGUGGCGCGCCCUUCUACUCGAUCCAAUCGUCCCCGUACGACAGCAGCCGAAUUGGCAUCCAGGGCGAGUUCGGAGGCAUCGGCCACAACGUCUCCAUCGACCACCUUUGGAACGUGCAAGCGGCAAUCGACACGAUCAACCAGACAUACGAGGUGAACAUCGAUCUCGAGGCGUACAACUACCGCGCUCACGUCAUCUUUGACGAGUACCGGCAGCAGAUCGAGAUGUUUGCUUGCAGCGCUGGCAUAUGGACGCAGACGACCGACGUCGAGGGCGAGGUCAACGGCCUCCUGACCUACGACCGCCGCCUCGAGCGCGUCGAUGUCCAGCAGUGGCAGGACGACAUCCAGAGCCUGUUCGACGCGGCUGCUUCGCGGGGCGGCGCUGGGAACUCGACGGCUUCUAUGCAGAAGUUGCGGAUGUGA